ACACGCCGGGACCAACUGCUGGGAGCUCCCGCAAUCGCAGCCUCCGUUCUCAACGGCGGGCUCCACCGUUCUCCUUUCCCCGCCUUUUUACACCCCCCGUCGGCCGCCUGCUCCCGUCCCGCCAAGAGGCGCGCGCCAUGGACCCCCCGCGGGCCGCUCCGCUCGCGCACAUUUUCAAAGGGACCUUCAUCCACUCCACCUGCGCCUCGCCCAUGGUCAUCCUGCAAGGCCACCUGUUGGGUGUAGAGGAGAGCGGGAAGAUCGCGUUUGUUGAACCAGCUGACAGACAAGACAAACUAGUGAAGAAGUGGGGAUUUAAAGCAUCUGAUAUACAAGAGCUCAGUAAUAAUGAAUUCUUCAUGCCAGGUUUGGUUGAUGCACAUAUCCAUGCCCCACAGUAUUACUUUACAGGGAUACAAGGAAAUCUGACUCUUUUGAAAUGGUUGGAAAAAACCACUUAUCCAGUAGAGGCUGAAUUCAAAAAAAUUGAUUUUGCUGAAGAAGUGUACACUAGAGCUGUGAGGCGAACACUCAAGAAUGGUACAACUACAGCUUGCUAUUUUGCCACAAUUCACACAGAUGCUGCUUUGCUUCUGGCUGACAUUAUAGAUAAAUUUGGCCAGAGGGCAUUUGUUGGUAAAGUUUGCAUGGAUAUUAAUGAAACCUUCCCAGAAUAUAAGGAGACCACCAAAGAAUCAAUUGAGGAAACUGAAAGAUUUGUUCAAGGAAUACUGGGAAAAAAGUAUCCAAGAAUACUUCCUAUAGUAACACCCCGUUUUGGGCCAUCUUGUACAGAGGAAUUACUUAGUAGCCUUGGUAACCUGGCAGAGACUCAUGAUAUUCAUAUACAGAGCCACAUAAGUGAGUCUAAAGGGGAGCUCAGACUUAUAAAAAGCACAUUUCCACAUUAUCAACAUUAUACAGAGCUAUAUGAUAAAAAUAAGCUGCUUACAAAUAAGACUAUAAUGGCUCAUGGCUGCUAUCUUUCUGAUGAAGAGCUGGACAUAUUUAAACGUAGAGGAGCUGCCAUUGUACAUUGUCCUAAUUCAAACAUAUCAUUAAAGAGUGGCCUUUUAAACGCAAGGAAGAUUCUGAACUACAAUGUAAAACUUGGAUUAGGCACAGAUGUUGCUGGUGGCUAUUCUGCUUCCAUGCUUGAUGCUAUCAGAAAUGCGAUUGUGAUAUCUAAAGUCCUUCAUCAUAUUAGUGAAGCAGAUGAAAAAGUCUUAACUCUGAAGGAGGCAUUCCGACUAGCAACUCUUGCAGGAAGUCAAGCUUUAGGAUUAGAUCAUAUAAUUGGAAAUUUUGAAGUUGGCAAGGAAUUUGAUGCACUGCUUAUCAACGCCAAAGCUUCAGAUAGUCCUUUUGAUCUAUUUGCUUCUGACCAUAUUGAGUGAUGACAGAAAUAUUGAGGGGGUGUAUGUUGCUGGCAAACUGGUGGUUCCAUUUUCAAGCUCUGUGUAAAUUGGAUUCCCAUUCUGAAAAAUGCUCAACUAGUUAUCGUUUGAUUUGGAAGAACUGGGCAGAAAUGCAGUGCCUUGUUGUUAUGCUGCUUUUAUUUAGUAUGUUUCUGAUAUGCACAAGAAAGGUGAUCAACUUGGCGGUGACAAAACAAAUAUAUAUAUAUAUGCCAAAAAUCUAUCUCUUUUGAACAGGACAGAAUAUAACUCUAAAAUCCCAAAUCCUAAAAAUGUAUCUGAUGAGAAUUUAGAGAUCUUAUUUGUGAAUAUAUUACAAUUACUCUCAUUGACUUAGAAACAAAACACACUUGUUUUGGGUGGUGUCCAUUUUCUACAACUUUUCUCCUUUAAUAGACAUCAUGUGAUCUUGGCAGGGUUUCCCAAUCAGGAAUUGAAAAAUCUGUUUCCUUUUCUCUCUUCAGGGGAGUGACAUGUCUCCUGAACCUUUCACCUUUCCAUUUGUCCAUCUAGAGUGCAGAUUGUUUAACUGCAAAUAUGGCAUGAUGAAUGAGGAUAUAAAAAGAAGAGAGUCAGCUCCCAUGUUCACAGUUUAUGUCACCCAGGAUGGCUUUGUUCACACAUAACGCAAAGCUGUAAUGUGGUUAUUUUAAAUUUGGAUUAAUAUGAUGGAUUCAUUAUGGAUGCAUUUCAAGUGAGAAAAAGGCCCUUUUUAGUAUGAGGAUAAGGCUGUAGCCUUGAUAUUUUAUUGAUAGGGGUCAAUUGGGUGCAAUCUAAUUAGAAGUGUUUGUUCAAAUUGUAAAUUCAUUCUUACCCUACAGUUCAAAGCAAUCUUGACAAUCAAAUCAAUAUGGAAAAGGGGGCUUUUGUUUUAGAAUAUGAUCUCUGAGUUUAAUAUUUGUAUAACUGCUCUAUUUUACUCUGAAAAAGUCUAUAAAGCACAUAGGAUAAAUAUUCAGUAAAUAGAACAAUUAAACUAUUGUUUUUUUUUUACCUUGCAACCCAGAGAUGGCAGGUAUAAGUAUGAUAGAUUUGCACAAAACACUUUUGGAGGAAUGUGUGCUUUUUAGGAUCAUUAUUGGUUUUUCUAGUUUUGGGGAGGAUAAUUUUAGAAUUCUAUUAUGCAGCAGUUGCCUCUGAGAGAUUCUCAGUGGGAAAUAAACUUUUGUUGAUAAUUGUAUAAAUAAAAUAAGACACUUUUUAAAGGGAUUUGUCUCUAAACAUUUUGGAAAGCCUGUUGAAAACUGUCAACCAUCUCUCAGUACACGCGAUGCCUUCUUCAUCCGCCUCUUUGUUCCCCCUCAGCAUGAAGUUGAGCUGAAAAGGUUGGGGCAGCUGGAAAAAGAGCCUUGGAACUUUACGUAGGAGAAAAGAGAAGUCUAAAUGUCUGUUUUGUGAAAAAGAAGCAUUUUGAAUGAUAAAUUGAAAUUAUUUGAAUUUCCAUCUUACUGUACCAUUUAUUAACCUUCUGUUUGAAGAUAUUAAUGAGAACGAAUAUAAUUUGUGCUUUGUGGAGUUAGUUGAAUGAUUUUGGUGUGGCUGUUGGAUUUCAGCAGUAUAAAAUGUUGACUUAGCUUUACUAUGCAUGCUUUACAAUAUUUGCAAAACAGAAGUCUAGGGGAACUCAGGAAAGGAACAGCACUUUAUUCACUUAUCUAUUUUAUUUUACUUUUUCAAAUAUAGUAAGCCUGUGAAAGGAGGAAAAAAAUGGUCCAACCUCUGCAUUUAUGCCAAAAACAAACUUUUAUUCCUGCUGAUAAAAAAAAAGUCAAAUAUGCAUUAGAAGUCAAGGAAGGAGAAAUAUAAUAUUUCACAGAACUAUAUUUGUUGCACUAAGAAGUUAACUUGAUUUAGUUUUAUAGUUUGAGUAUCAGCAUUUUAGUGAACUCAGCUAGCCAUGAAAUAUGAUGGUUAAACCAUGGCUUAACAUGAUCUGUCCACCUAUUACAGGUCUCAUUCAUAAGAUAUGCUAAAAUUGUCUUUAUCUUAUUUAAAUACAUACUAUAGAGUAUAUAAUAUAUACUGUAUUAAUAAUAGUAUACUAUUUGAUUAUAUUAAACUAAAAUAUAUUUAUACAUAUGUGUUGACAAAGUCAUAUAAAAUUGAAAUGAAGGAAUAAAGAAAAGUGGAAAAAGCUUGGGAAAUUAAACAAGAAACAAAGUAUUUAAGACAGAACUAAACUUUAAAGUCCUCUUUAGAAAUAUAGAAAUUCAUUUUUUCCAGCAAACCAAAUAAAUGAUAGAUUAGCAUCACCUACAAGACCAAUUGCCUAGUUGGGUGGACUUUACUCUUGGUGUGAAAACAAUUAUGAUGUGUUGGGAGUAGGAGUGAAGGAGUAAACGUUCUCAUUUAUACCCUUUGGAAAAACCAAUUACCUGGAUACUAUGUUCUGCUGUUGAUAUUGCCUAUCAUGUACUGAUUUCCAUCACAUCGUAAAACCAUUUAAGCGCAUUUUUCAUCUCUUGUUUUGUCUGGUCCUCAAAUCAAUAUAACUAAAAGUAUGAUCCUUUAAAUGGUAUCUGUUUAUAAAAGUAUAGCAUAUUCAUAUCACUAAUAAAUUUGGAAAGCUGCUUGGAUAUAUUGCUAAUUAGAGCGGGAACGUGUGGGAGAGAAGUUGGCCUCAACAGCAUUGGGGUAGGCAGAGUCAAAAAAGGGCAACAUGAUGGUUAUGGAGUCUGAAUUGCCCCACCCCUUUCCCUACACCUCCUGCACAUGGCUUUCUCUUUUUCACCCGCAUUCCAAUCUUGGUAUGAAAAGUGCUUGGCAUGAAGAGUGCUAUAAUUUUAUUGUACAGCUUUUGGUUGAUAGGAAAAAAUGAUGUGAAUUAAUCUUACCAGAUUUUUAUUUUUCUGACUGUAUACUUUCAAAUGCAACUCCUCCCCCCCAAAUAAUUUGUUGCUGUGUAUUCCAACUGCUUGAUUAUUGUUAGCUAUAAAUGAGCCCCUCUGUGCUUGGUUAACAGAAUAAAGAAGAUAUGUUUACUAUGUU